CCCCUCCGCACCCUCGACAGCGCGCCCACAGGUAUCAAGCAUGAUGGGACUAUGUGUGAUACUUGUCGACAGCAACCCAUCAUUGGCAUCCGAUGGAAAUGUGCUGAAUGCACAAAUUACGACUUGUGCACAGUUUGCUAUCAUGGGGACAAACAUCACUUGAGGCAUCGUUUUUACAGAAUUACUACACCAGGAAGUGAAAGGGUAUUGUUGGAGUCUCGACGUAAAUCAAAGAAAAUUACAGCAAGAGGAAUCUUUGCAGGUGCCAGGGUGGUGCGAGGAGUUGAUUGGCAAUGGGAAGAUCAAGAUGGUGGCAACGGGCGUAGAGGAAAGGUAACUGAAAUCCAAGAUUGGAGUGCGUCAAGUCCACAUAGCGCAGCAUAUGUUCUUUGGGACAAUGGUGCUAAAAACCUUUAUAGAGUUGGCUUUGAGGGCAUGUCUGACCUGAAAUGUGUCCAAGAUGCAAAAGGAGGCUCUUUCUACAGGGACCAUUGUCCUGUGUUAGGUGAACAAAAUGGUAACAGAAACCCUGGUGGGCUGCAAAUAGGUGACCUUGUAAACAUUGACCUUGAUUUGGAAAUUGUACAGUCUUUGCAGCAUGGUCAUGGAGGAUGGACUGAUGGCAUGUUUGAAACUUUAACAACAACUGGAACAGUUUGUGGCAUUGAUGAGGAUCAUGACAUUGUAGUACAAUAUCCGAGUGGCAACAGGUGGACGUUUAAUCCAGCUGUUCUCACCAAAGCCAAUGUUGUUCGAAGCGGAGAUGCUGCUCAGGGUGCAGAAGGAGGUACCUCUCAAUUUCAAGUGGGUGACCUUGUUCAAGUAUGUUAUGACUUAGAGCGAAUCAAGCUUCUUCAGAGAGGUCACGGAGAGUGGGCUGAAGCAAUGCUUCCAACUUUAGGUAAAGUUGGUCGGGUCCAGCAGAUCUAUUCAGACAGCGACUUAAAGGUAGAGGUUUGUGGGACAUCUUGGACAUAUAAUCCAGCAGCUGUCUCGAAGGUGGCAUCAGCAGGAUCUGCUAUAAGUAAUGCAUCUGGUGAGAGAUUGUCCCAGCUAUUGAAGAAAUUAUUUGAAACCCAAGAAUCUGGAGAUCUCAAUGAAGAAUUGGUUAAAGCUGCUGCCAAUGGAGAUGUUGCUAAAGUGGAAGACCUGCUAAAGAGGCCAGAUGUAGAUGUGAAUGGACAAUGUGCUGGACACACAGCUAUGCAAGCUGCUAGUCAGAAUGGUCAUGUCGACAUUUUGAAGUUGCUUCUGAAACAGAAUGUGGAUGUAGAAGCAGAGGACAAAGAUGGAGAUAGGGCCGUCCAUCAUGCAGCUUUCGGUGAUGAGGGUGCUGUGAUAGAGGUUUUGCACCGAGGCAGUGCAGAUUUGAAUGCUCGCAACAAACGCAGGCAGACUCCACUUCAUAUUGCUGUCAACAAAGGUCAUCUGCAAGUUGUGAAGACUUUACUGGACUUUGGCUGCCAUCCUAGUCUUCAGGAUUCUGAAGGUGACACUCCACUUCAUGAUGCAAUAAGUAAAAAGCGUGAUGACAUCCUUGCUGUAUUGUUAGAAGCUGGAGCAGAUGUUACUAUCACCAACAACAAUGGGUUUAAUGCUCUUCACCACGCUGCACUAAGAGGAAACCCUAGUGCAAUGCGUGUAUUGUUGUCCAAGUUACCACGACCAUGGAUUGUUGACGAGAAAAAAGAUGAUGGUUACACUGCCUUGCAUCUGGCAGCUCUCAAUAAUCAUGUGGAAGUGGCUGAACUUCUGGUGCAUCAGGGCAAUGCUAACCUGGAUAUCCAGAAUGUUAACCAGCAAACUGCUUUGCACCUUGCCGUUGAACGACAGCAUACACAAAUUGUUAGGCUCUUAGUCCGUGCAGGUGCUAAGCUGGAUAUUCAGGAUAAAGAUGGGGAUACUCCCCUGCAUGAAGCCCUGAGACACCACACCCUGUCACAGCUCCGCCAACUCCAAGACAUGCAAGAUGUGGGCAAGGUAGAUACUGCUUGGGAGCCAUCAAAGAACACAUUAAUAAUGGGACUUGGCACUCAGGGAGCAGAGAAGAAGAGUGCAGCAUCUAUUGCCUGCUUCCUGGCAGCCAACGGAGCUGACCUCAGCAUUCGUAAUAAGAAGGGUCAGUCUCCUCUCGACCUCUGCCCUGAUCCUAGUCUCUGCAAAGCAUUGGCUAAAUGUCACAAAGAGAAAGUCAGUGGUCAGGUUGGUUCCCGAAGUCCGUCUAUGAUCAACAAUGAUUCUGAAACGUUAGAGGAAUGUAUGGUGUGUUCAGACAUGAAGAGAGAUACCCUGUUUGGCCCAUGUGGACACAUUGCCACGUGUUCUCUGUGCUCACCACGGGUGAAAAAAUGCCUCAUCUGUAAAGAACAAGUUCAGUCUAGGACAAAGAUUGAAGAAUGUGUAGUAUGUUCAGACAAAAAGGCAGCGGUGCUUUUCCAGCCUUGUGGUCACAUGUGUGCCUGUGAGAACUGUGCAAGCUUGAUGAAGAAAUGUGUACAGUGUCGGGCAGUGGUUGAGCGAAGAGUGCCUUUCAUAAUGUGCUGCGGAGGGAAAGCAAGUGGAAACAUUCCAGUUUUGCAGAAAGACAAAGACAACACCAAUGUCAAUGCAGAUGUACAGAAGCUGCAGCAACAGUUACAAGACAUCAAGGAACAGACUAUGUGUCCUGUCUGUUUGGACCGUCUGAAGAACAUGAUCUUUCUCUGUGGCCAUGGAACAUGUCAACUUUGUGGAGACCGAAUGAGUGAAUGCCCUAUAUGCCGCAAGGCAAUUGAACGAAGGAUCCUUUUGUAUUAAGUAGCAGAACCAGUGUCUUUUUAUUAGCUUAUGAAAUAGCAAGGAGAUUUUGAUGACUUAAAUCUCCAUAAGUUUGAAAGGCAGUAAAGGGUUCUAAUGAAAACAUUUCUAAUUCUGUAGCACAGGUUCAUUACAUGGUAAUUGUUUAAAGACUGUGAACACACCAAAUGAGAGAACAGUAUUUGAACAGUCAGCUUUUAGCUUUACUCUUAAAAACCAUCUAAGCCUGAAGCUAAUUUAAAGCAGUCUUUUUUUCAUUUUCUUUGUUGUCUUCUUCCCCUUAAAAUUUAAAGGGACAAUCUUACGUUGGUUUUGUUCAUGUUUUUUAAUGUAUGUAUCAGGUGUCAAGUGAUGUAAGGGGUUUUUUUUUUAUAUUGUCAGUUAAUAUAAAAUAUAAAUAAUUAGAAUUUUUUUAUGCUUUUCUGAAGAAUGUCAUUUCCCGUGACAGUUACAAUUCACAAUAAUUUCUGUCUUGAAAUAUACAAUAAUGCAAAAUCAAUACAAAAUGUGUACACGUAGUAAUAAAUAUACUAUUCCCAUAAGAUCAGGCCUCAAAAUACAAUGUUAAGGUGAUUCUAACUUCAUCAUUUCUGACUUCAUCAGCUUUGUUUCUGAGGAUGGGUUGGGAAGGAAACAGUAAAAAGAAAAAUCUUGCUUAGAUGUGUGAUAUUCCUAAAACUGCACUUUAGUCUAACAGGUUCAAGCUAACUUAAAUAGUGAACUUCUUAAUUCUGCUGGCCACAUAAUUUUGUAUGAAAUUGCUUUUAACUUGACUGGAAGGGAAAGCAUUCAAGCAAUGGGUCAGUUAUCCACUUCAGAUGAGUGAAUUUGAUCAGUUGUAGAGGAAUCUUGCAAUUAUAUAUAUAUGCAUAUAUAUAUAUAUGGGGCCAUUUAAAAUUUCUGGGUCUAUGAAUUAGGAAAAACUAGAGAUUUUGCAAGAUUUCCUCUCUUAAAUUAGUUUUAUUGUCUCCAGACAAACAGUGUCAACAGCAAAAGAGCAGAUGUAAUAUUGCUUAUUCAUCUAAGUUGGGUGUUAACACCAGAACUUAUCUGUGAACAUUACUGGGUAAUACUGCAAAUCAAGAUAUUGUUGACAGAGCAGUGAAUUUUGUGAGCCAUGCCUAAGUGAGUUGAAGUUGGCUGAAGGAGUUAGCUGUCACUGGUGUGACAGAUGUGUUCCUGACCCUAAAAAUGCUACUGUCAGGAACUGCAAACUAAUAUUUUGAUAACAAGUACAUCCUUCCAUCAUCUUGGAUGGAAGAAAGUAUGCUGAUUUAAGGAUCUCUUGUAGCUGAAAGGAGUGCAUGCUUACUCUUAAGUGAUUUGGCAGUUUUCUGAGUGCUUAGUUUAUGUAGCCCUUUGCCAUUGUGCAGACUUCAUCUGGAUGUGCUCUUGCAGAACCAUAAAGAAAUCCAUGCUGGAGUCACUUAGGUGCCUUACUUGCAACUAAGAUCAAUUUCUCAUUUGAUUCUCAUUGCAUAUGUCAAAAAUCUGGAAAAAGGUAUAGUUCAGGGCAAGAUCCAAGUAAGGAUAAAGGCAUAAAACCGUGAUCUCUUCAGAUAAAUCAAUCUCCGUCUUUUGAAGCUUGUGUUGAUAGGCUAGAAUUGUGCAAACAUUGGCAAAAGUCUUGGAAGAACGUUACUAGUAAACUGGAUAGGUGAACUUUUAACCAGUAAGGUUUAAACACUGGAUAGAGUUUUGCAGGAAACAACUACAAUGAUAUAUCAGAAAAAUGUAUGUAGAGCGGCUUGUAACAUAGCAAGGUGAUGUAAUACACAGCCUUUCUACAGCCAUCUUUAAUCCUGAUCCAGAAUUGCAAAUGUUCAUCAUUCUUUCCAGUAAUUUUUCACUGGACACAAUCUCAACCUAGAGUCAAUAUAGCAGCCUGUUUUAUUUUGUAUACUAAUAGUCAUCUGUUCUUGGAUAAUCUGUGUAUCUGUCUUCUUGGCCAAAUGAAAUAGCCCUCCCUUUUCUUGCUUCUUGGGUCCCUAUUCUAAAAUACCAAAAUUUCAAGGAACCUUGGAAAGUUUUUGACAGAAAGCGUUUUUUAAUUCGGCAUUUCACUAUCUCCACUUAAGGUCUGAGUACACAUGAGUGUUCACUGCAAUUUUCAUUUGGCCAAUAUGCAUGUCACUAGGUCUGAUUUUUUUUGUACCAUGUUAGACAGCUGAACUUUCUAUAGUAGGCUUCAGUUUCCUGUCAGUCUUCCUCUAAAAAUAAUUUUAUAAUAGGAUGUGCCAUUUGACAAUUCAUUCUGAGUUUUAGCCUGUAAUGCAUCAGAUCUGUACCUUGGUUUCAUCGGCUCUGGUAGACAUAUUUUGAAUAUUAUCCUAUUUAUUCUUCACGGGGACCUCUAUAAACUUGUCAGCACAAAGGCAGGGUGGAUUUCUUCUUGAUAAUGCAGGUCAAAACUGAAACCUCAGUGUAGCAGUUGGCAUUCUCCUAAUUCUUUUUUGCUGGAACAAGCCAGAAUUACUUGAAAGUAUUCCAGCUUAGCAUCAAUUGAAUAAUUCAGCCAAGUAAGAACUGAUCUAAAGCAUCCUGGGUGGGGAAACUGGAGUUGAAUGUUAAAUAUUCCUUGUCUGCAGGAGACACAUAUUGCAGCAUAGAUAAGUGCGUGCUCUGUUAGGCUUGUACUUUUCAACAGGGAACCUGUAAGUUACUUUAUAACACUCUUAAUACUUGGAUCCCAUCACAGUCCUAUGGAAAUAGAGACAAUGACUGAAGGUAUUGCUAUAGGAGCUGCUCUAGUCUUCCAUACUUCAGUCAUAUCAGAUACAUGUGACUGCGUAUAAGUUUCUGAUUGGACUUGUUCAGCAAUGUUGUGUGCCAGCUGCAAUUAAAGUAUGUCAACUUGAUGCUAUUAUGGUGCCAUGAGAAACAGCUGAAUAAAAAGUGAAAAUGUGAGAAAAAUCAGGAAGGCAUUUAUCUCUAAUAUACUGUAAAAUCAUAAAAUGUUAAGAGUUGCAACCUUUGUUUAUUAUGAUUAUCCCCCAGUAUUUAAUAGCAGUUUAGAUAUUCAGUUGAAUGAAAUAUCUCUGUUUGUUUCUUGAAAACGUCAAGAAGGCACCUAAUAAUAUGUUGUACAGGUGUGAGGUAUGCUCAGAUGUUUAACUAAAAUACUUUUUGGUGGUUUUUUUUUUCAUUUAGUAAAACAUAUGAAGGGUCACAUCAGUACACAGUGAUUUAAAGUGUAAAGACAACUCAAGAGGCUAACUGAAUAUGCUAAAUAACGGUAGCUCGUUAACUUCUGUGUAACUAUGCUUGACUUUUUUUUCCUCAAACCUGCUAUCACUUACUAUACCCCAAGCUCAUAUGGCACUUCCUGAAAACUUGGCCUAUUAUUACCUACUCUCCAUUUGUUGAAAUACUGUGUACUUCUAUGUUGGGAUUUGGAGGAAUCCCUUUUUGCUGAAGUGGAUACUGAAAAUUACACUUACAAGAGAAUAAACAAGCUACUUUGUAAAUGUGAAAGACUGAUUAGGAGGUGGUGUUCUUAACUUGGACUGGGUGAGGAUAUAGCAGAUUUGCACAAGUACUUGUGCCUUGUUAGCAUAGUCUUACAAUUGGUAUUCUAGCUUCUUUUAAAGACGUGAAGUAGUCUUUUAAAAAUAAUCUAAGUACUUAUUGUGUAGAUAUUUUCUAGAGAUGAAGUUUUAUGUAUGCCUAAUUAUUUUUAGCAGUAUUAAUUGCAGUUUGCAUAAACACUAAAUUGUUUGAAGAAGCGGCCUUGAGCUAGUGGUCUAAGCUUCCUCCACAAAAUUAAAUGUUAGAAACCUAAUUUUACUCUUCCAGUAGCAGCUGGUGAACUGAAGAGCCUAUCCCAUUCUUUGUGCUGCGUGGGUCAAGUUUUCACUUUAAAAAACCCAACAACACUACAGCCUAACUUUUAGCAGUGCUACCUCCUUUCUGCCAAAGUACUGAAUUCUUCUCUAGUUGUUCUUUGUCUUUGGGAAGGGAUGGGGAACACAUCAGUUCUGUCUUGCUUCAUCAGUUUUGAUGUCUGAAUACGUUGUGAAGGUUUUUUACUGACUGUGUAAAUUACGUACAAUAGAAGUGUGUGAUUUGCCACAGUGUACAUUGCGUAUCAUUCUUGCAUAAGUUGCUGCAAUUCGUACUGUUGUCUUUUUAUGCAUUUGAUAACUUGUGUUGACAAAGCAAAACUGUUAUCUGCAGAGGUUUUAGUAUGUGCCAUUUUUAUAGCUAAGCCUGUGGUAAAUACAAAGUUCUGACUCAGGGCUUUUUAACAACUUAAACAUGUUCACAGUGUUCUUCAGCACAUCUUGGAGAAUAUUAAAGAUUUAAUGACUGUACAGUACCUUGAUAGAACUAUUGAAGGGGCAGCAGCCAUAGAGUCCUUACAGAAUGCAAGUAUCUUUCGAAUCCAGUUAAUGAGUUUAUGUUAAUGUGAUUGUAAUACCCCUGCCAUGGAUUUAUAGACUUGUAUAUACUUUCUGUAAAGGAAAAUUGGCAAAUUUAGGUAUUGUUAAGCUUUCUGAAAGAUAGUUUGAUUAUUGCAUCAGUCAUUGGGGUCUGAAGGGCAUAGUAUUCAAACUUACAGAAGCAGCAUUUGUGGCAAAGGCAGCUGAUAAAAUGUUCUGUAUAUGACAAUUCUAGCGUGAGGGGAGAGGCCAUUGUAUAAACAAACACCUAAAAAUACCUGUUUUACUCUGGCCCAGUAAGUCUUUUAUGAGAGAAAAAUAACCAGCAACAAAUCUGUAUGUUUGCAUGCCAUUUCAUAGUUACAAAAAAUUAACUCUCAUUUUGAGCUUCUAGGAAAUACUUUUUGUCCCAAGCUCAGUGUCUUUAUGAAUGCAAAAUAUUCUUACUAGAAAACAGAUUUUACUGAACCACAAGAACAUUUUUGCUUUUGUUAAAACCAACUUUGUAUCUUCAGUAAAAUUGUAGAUUUUGACAUGACUGUUUGUUGGGGAGAUUUAAGGUUGUCUGUGUGAAUGUAGUGGAUUUCUGUAUGCAGGUAGCAUUAUAUAAUUGCUUUCAUUAAAACUGCUUAGCAAGGUCUAAGCUUUUCAAAGGAAAUGCUAAUGUACUAUAUGGUUAAUAAAACUUAUUAUAUAAGCUGUAUACUGACUUUUUCAAAAGCUUUGAUUUAAAAGUGUAAUUGGACUGAAUUAAUACUGAUUUCUGUGCACACUUUAUUGGGAAGGGAGUGGUGGCUCGUUUGGCUUCCUCCUGAUUGUAAUGAUGUUAGAUGGCACCAUGGAAUUAGAAGACUGUACACCUGAACAAAUGUUUGGUAAAUCUGUUAGCCGCUGACACACAAUGUUUAAAAGCGCACCAGACUUUAUUGAGAAAGUUUGCAAUCCAGACUUCAAAAAAUUCUGGUUCUUUAUAAUGUGAGUUUGUAGCAACAUCAGAAAUCCUACGUGCCUUUUUGAAUCUCCCAGAUACUCAAAUACGGUUUAAGCAGCACAGUAGAACUAUGAAGGGCGGAUUAUGUUGUAACAAUGAAAAGGUUGAUUUAAAAUUUUUAUCUACGGCACAUGUGCAAAUUUUUCUGUAAAUAUGCAGUUCAUAAUGCUGAUUAGAGCUGCUGUUAAGUUUAUGUUAGACUCUGGGUUUACAUAUCAUUCAAUGGCCUUCACAGAUCUGGCUACGACCGCAGAUCCGUGAUCAUUUAAGAAUCUCCUGCCAGAUACAGUAACUCCCAUAUUCUGAGGCAAGUUGCAGCAUCAUGGUUUAUACUCUUAGGAUUCAAUUUAAUGGAUGCAUUCAACAAAAAUACAUAUGUAAUGAAAGGCAACAAAAGCAACCAGACUUUAAUGGCUUAGUGUUUUAAUUUAUCAUAGUGUUCCGGUUGAAAAAUGAAUUGACGGAAUAAAA